GGACUCGUCCUCUCUCUGGAACUCGUCUCUGGGACUCGUCCUCUCUCUGGGACUCGUCUCUGGGACUCGUCCUCUCUCUGGGACCCGUCUCUGGGACUCGUCCCCGUCAUGGACGGUCUGGAGAAGCAGCUGGUUUGUCCCAUCUGUCUGGAGAUGUUCUCCAAGCCGGUGGUCAUCCUGCCAUGUCAGCACAACCUGUGCAGGAAAUGCGCCAACGACGUGUUCCAGGCAUCCAAUCCCUACCUGUCCAGCAGGACCGGCGCCACGGUGACGUCAGGCGGACGGUUCCGCUGCCCGUCCUGUAGACACGAGGUGGUUCUGGACCGGCACGGCGUCUACGGGCUGCAGAGGAACCUGCUGGUGGAGAACAUCAUCGACAUGUACAAGCAGGGCAGCACCAGUAAACCAGAACCAGAGAAGAAGCAGGAGCCGAUGUGUGAGGAGCAUCCUGACGAGAAGAUCAACAUUUACUGCAUCACCUGCAGCGCCCCCACCUGUUCACUCUGCAAAGUGUUCGGACAACACAAAGACUGCCAGGUGGCGCCGCUGAGCCACGUCUUCGCCAGUCAGAAGGCUGAACUCACUGACUGCGUCUCCUUGCUGGUCGGGAACAACGAGCGGAUCCAGGCCAUCGUCAGCCAGCUGGAUGAAACCUGCAGAGCUGUGGACGAGAACGGCCGGCGGCAGAAGUCCAGGGUUUGCGAGACAUUCGACCGCCUGUUUGCGCUGCUGGAGGAGAAGAAAGGCGAGAUGACGGUCAGCAUCAGCUGCGAGCAGGAGGAGAAGCUGGACUACAUCCGCAGUCUGAACAGGAAGUACAGCGAGCACCUGGAGGAGACCGCCAAACUGCUGGAGACCGCCAUCCAGACCAUGGACGAGCCUGAGAUGGCGGUUUUCCUCCAGUCGGCCAAGCCUCUGCUGCAAAAGCUGCUGCAGUCCACGGACACAUCCCACCUGGACAAUGUCCAGCCUGGUUAUGAGAAUAUGGACCACUUCACCGUAAACUUUGACCCCCAGAGGAAGGCACUGGCGGACGUUGACUUCAUCAAACUUGAUGAUGAUGAAAGCGAAGAUGAGGUGGAAGCUAGAGGACAGCCGCACGUCGCACCCGCAGCAGCCAAUCAGCAGCCUUCACUGGCUCCUCCCCAAGCCCCGCCCCUUCACACUAAGAACCCCGCCCCCUCAUCGUCAGCCCCGCAGCCCCCGCCCCCUACCCCUCUCCCCACGACUAGCUCCGCCCCUCAGUCCGAUCACCAGAGCGAGUCGGAGGACAAAGACGGACCCAAACACGUCUUCUCUUUCAGCUGGCUCAACCAGAAGUAAGAGAUCUGGGUCCUGGAGGACCUGGAGAUCCUGGAGAUCCUGGAGAUCCUGGGGCUUCAUGCAUAAAGCGUGCGCACAAUAAAUGUGUGGCGCCGUAUUUUACACACAAGUCAGAAUGUAUAAAAAUUAACUUUGGGUCAAAUAUACGCUCACAUUUACCCUGGUGUGAAAAUGUGCUGCAGCCACACAGUAGCAAUAAUUUAUUAUUGUUUCUGUGGACAAUAAUAAACUACAAAGAGUCAAAACUCACUAAAUCCACUGAAAUCUGACGACAUCCAGUUAUUUAGACCAAGAAGCAUCAAACCAGAUGAUUGUCAUGAUUUUAAUAUUUGAUUGUUUAAAUGAAGAAUCUGAACCACAUUUAUCCUCAGACAAUAAGCUAACACACACAAAAUAUAAAAAAUAAAAAGACGUGAAAACUUCACUUGAAUACUUUUAAAGUUUGUCUCAUAAAGAUGUAACACAUCGUCUAAAUGCAUCUAUGGGUCAUUUCCUUCUGACUGAAAAAGAAAACAGAGUUGAUCAGCAGAUUAACUCCAAACAGGUUGGAUUAUUUGAGGUGAUCAAGGUGUGAAGACGAUCACACCUGUGUGCUGAGCCACAACGUAACUGAGGAGUUCUGGCUCUGAUGGAGAAGAUCGCCAGUGGAAGGAUUCACAGGGAGCCAUUGAUCAGAGAUCAUAUUGAUCUGAUGGUUUAUUAGCGUUUAGAUUAAUUCAUCCUGGACUCUGAGCAGAACUUAAAAGAAGGAACCGGUACCGGUCCAGCUGCAGUCAUCCUUUGUGAAUGCGCCUUAUGGACAGAAAUCAUCUCGACUCUGUAAAUGUAACGUUUGCUGAUGAUUCCUGGAUUUAGAAUAAACGUCCACAUUCCCAGUCAAAGAC